AGUAGAAGAAUCCCUCUGUGUGCAUUUGCAGGGUUCUCCUCCUCCAAAACCCUUAUCAGCCGCUCCUUACCUCUCCUCGUUUCUCUGUUUGUGGCAAACAGUGCCCACCCUGACCUCCAGGAGAAAGUCUUUUUCAACAAAAAGAGGAGAUGCCCCCUCAGCCACAGGUGAAGAGAAGUUUCCUGGAAUUCCUCAAGAGCUUUAUCGGGAUUGUACGGGUCCUCCAGAUCCUCCUGGGAGCCGGGCUUUGGGUCACCAUCGCUGCCAACAAGUAUGAGGGCUCCAUUCACUUUGUGCUGUUUGUGGCCGUGCUUUUCUGGCUCCUCACGUUAGCCAUCUUCAUCCUCACGCUUCUGGACAAGCAGGACCUCGUUCCCGUCCUCGGAGGAGAACGCUGGUUGUUGAGCAAUGUCAUCCACGAUGUUGCCGCCACUCUGCUGUAUCUGUCCACCAUUGGGAUCAUGAUCUACAAAACCCAAAGGAACUCCUACUGCAACCUGGAUGUCUACAAACAUCACUGCUUGUACAAGGUCUACCUCACUGCCUCUGUCUUCGCCUGCCUCACCGCCGGCGUCUAUCUGCUCUCCACCGUCUACGGCAGCUACAGGAAAUGUCGAGGUGAGCGGACGGUCGUGUGAAAACCGACUCCAUCCCUCACACCCUGCCACUGCGAGACAUUUUGAAAAGCUUUUUGGAGACUAAAAAAUCUCCUUUUUUUUUAUCAAAGCAGAGGGUUGAUCCUCUUGCCUCAGGCUUUCAGGUUUGUUUGUUGCUUUUUAUACAGUAAUUUAUAGAGCUUUUGUACUGCAGUCACACGUAAAGUCUAUUUUACACUUGUGUUUAUGUUGCCGGAGCUCUAUAUAUAAGUAGUUGUAUUUUUUUGCAUUGUAUAACUGACAACUCAAAGAGUGGUUUGUCGCUUGACGAAACCAUAUUCUUCAUGUUUUGUUCUUUUAACUUUUUGAUAUGACAUAGAGCGAUUAAACACUAAGGCUCUGCUUCAUCUCCGUGUCUUUCAUCAAAUGUGUACAUGUGCUUGACUGUUCGACAAUCCUAGAAUGAAUCGCACCACAUCAAAGAUCUCCACUUGAUCCGCUUUUAAAGAGAGGAAAUAUUUAAUGCAGACAAUCAUGUUCUAGAAUGAAAUGUAAUAUGUGGCUGUUAACGGUUAAUAAAUAAGAAAGAAAUUAAGUAAAUGCAACUUCAUUUCUGUGUUUUGUAUGAUGUUUAAAUAAAUGGUUUCCUAAUUUGCUUGGUAAAUUUA